GGUCAGUGUUCGGCAAACAUGGUGGAUCAAAAACACAAAUCUGAAUUCAUAGCUAAGGGCGCCUGAAUUUCACACAACGGAGAAGAGCAGAUAUUUCAAUCCGGAUCUUCCUAUAAAUGUCUUGCCUUUUAGGUUCAAGGAAACUGCAGCAAAUUUGCUAAAAUGGAUGACGUAGACGCAGUCUUGAUGAGAGCCAGCAUCCCGGUGCACGUGGUCGCUGGCAUCGCAGUGGUUUUGAAUCUUCUCGUGGUGGUGGUGUUUGCUCGAACCAAGCAACUCCGCAUCAAGUACUAUGGCUUCGUCUUCAACCUCGUACUCGCCGACAUCGCCUACCCUGCAAUGCUGAUUAUAUUCAUUCACUUCAGGCACGUGGCCACGGUUGUUGCCCUGUCUAGGGCUUUCUUCUUGACCGCCCAGCUCAGCAUCUUGGCCGUAGCCGUGAAUCGUUUGCUGGCGCUGUCUCUGAUGCCGCCUGCCCGCUAUGACGCCGUAGUGACACCCGUCCGCAUGGUGAUCGCAUGUCUCCUGAUUUGGAUCCUAUCUGCCGUGCUUUUCUUACCUACGACGUACCUCCAAGACCCCACCAUCAACUGGCUGAUCCAAGCUCUGAUUCCCCUUUUUAUUCUGAUCGUCACUGGGGUUUUAUACCUCGUGGUCUUCCGUAAGAUAUCCAUGUAUACGCCGCCGCUGGCGUCCAUCGGUGGAGUCAAUAACAUAGAUGGACAGGCUGCUACCCGCGUGCGCCAAACGCGUCACCUUAUGGUGACGUUCACGAUCAUAUUCGUGGCGUCUGCUGUCUGUUGGCUGCCAUUUUGUGUGGGCUUUAUUGUCCUGUUCACGCACGGCGAACUCACCUUGUCGGUUGUGGUAUUCUUGCGGUACAGCUAUGCAGCGUUGCUGAUGAAUUCCGCUCUCAACCCUUUCAUCUACUUUUGGCGUUUCCGAGAGGGGCGAGAAGGUUUCUAUAGGUUGCUGUGCGCAUGUUCCAGCCGCUGGAAGCACCAGGCGGAAACGGAUGCGAGCACAGUAGCAGAAACCGAAAUGUAACAUUAGGCCCAUGAGACUGAGGCUGAAUCCACUUUCAUUAUACACAUGUGUUAAUGCCAGCCGUAUAUAUAGCGAAAUGAAAUCGGACCAGACCUGAGAGUCAGGUUUUGGCAGGGGCACUUUCGUCGCCUUCCACCUCUAUGGCCCGUGGUCCAGUCUCAUUUCGAUGGACACGCCGUUCGGUCUUUAGUUUGUAGC